AUGUCGCGCAUUCGAGUUCGAGUUUUAUUAAUAAGUAUUUUGGCAAUCGUUUUCAUAUACUUUACGCUCCAAUAUUCUGUCAAUGACCCAGAUACCGAUGCUUCCAAGGUCUCUGUCGAGCUGUAUGUAAUGAGUCAGUGUCCCGAUGCAGACGCAUGCGAACAAGUAUUUCAAUCAGUGAUGAGUAAAGUCAAUGACAUAGCAGUGAUAAGGACCGAUUAUGUUGGUGUUAUAGACCCUAAUGCGAAAUAUGGGGUGGUUUGUAAACACGGAGAUCAAGAGUGUUUAGGUAACAUCCACGAACUCUGCUUUGAAUCAAAUUAUCUCCCCGCCAAACAGACCGAGUUUAUCGACUGGCUCAGUUGUCUGAAUCGCGAUCUCUCACAGAAGGGUGAUCUUGAAUAUUCUCGUUCUUGCGCAUUAGAGGUCAACAUUGACUAUACUCCUGUCGAGCAGUGUGUUAGAACACAAGGCGGUCAGUUGUUGAUUGAGAGCGUCAGAAAGACGAACGCUAAAAGAGUUACGAAAAGUUGCACGAUACAUCUUAACGGGAAACAGAGAUGUAUUAAGGAUGGUGAUUGGUAUGAUUGUCCAGGUGGGCAUGAGGUUCAGGACUUUGUGAGAGAUAUUAAAAAUGCGUAUGCAGGUAUGAAAGACGGGACGAGGAUGAAUACGAGAUUGUUCAACGUGAACUAA